UCUAAGGGACACUCGUGUGAUAAUAAGAUAAAUAAACGUUUAUUUUGUGAAGUGAAAAACGGCGAAAUCAUGAAGGUCUUCCUAUCGCUCUUGAUUCUCUCAGUGACUGCGAUAGCCGCGCAAAGGUACACUGACAAAUAUGACGGUAUCAAUAUUGAUGAGAUAUUGUCCAACAAGAAGGUCUUAUCGUCGUACAUCAGCUGUUUAUUGGAUAAAGGAAGGUGCUCAGUUAAUGGCAAGGAGUUAAAAUCUCAUGUAGCAGACGCGUUACAGACUGGCUGUAGCAAAUGUACGGACCAACAAAAGCUGGGGUCCCGCAAAGUCAUCCGACACAUGAUCAAAUACGAGAAACAAGCCUGGGCCAGUCUGCAGAAGAAAUAUGAUCCCGCUGGAAAAUACGCCAAAAAGUACGAACGUGAGCUCAAAGGGAUACAAUAGCUAAUAUCCUGGUUACAUUAAAAUACAAGGGGUACGAAGAAUCUCGAAGUAUAAGUAGUCUCUUUAUUUUAUUGGCUCUCUUGAACUUUGUUUGGUUUACUCAACAAAGUUCAAUAUAUUUAUAGAACAUUUUUUAAUAAGUAAUUUUGAAUAU